AUGAUAUUGGAAUUGAAUUCAUUUUUUGACUAUCCCGAAAAUUAAGGAAAAUCCACCAAAAUAUGGUAACCUGUUGAUUUAGAAAUAUAUAAUAAUGACAUCAUCGUUUUUUAAGAAGACUGCCGCAAAAUCAGUAAAAAAUAGAAACAACUAAAAUUGAUUACAAUCUAAUUAGGAAACGAACAUUUAUAUUAUAUUAAAGACUAAACCAUAUCUUAGCUUAAUAUAAUAGUGGCUAUAAUGACAAUUUAUAAGCAUGAUGAAUUUGGUAAUAUCAUAAGAAUUUCUCGAAAUGGCAAAUUUGUUGAUUUAUAAUUUGAUGAAUAUGUUGUAUUUAAGAAUAUGAUGGCAUCAAGAUGUUUAUAAACAACUUUUCAUGAUGAAUUUGGAGUUACAAAGAUGAUAGGAAAAGGAAGUUUUGCGAAGGUAUAUUUUGCAACAAAGAAAUCUACAGGAGGCAAUUAUGCAGUUAAAGCAUUCAACAAAGAAUUUAUGCAAGAGUAAUUUAAAGGAAGAGAAUCAUUAGAAAAUGAAAUCAAAGUGAUGAGAAGAUUAAAUUAAGAAAAUCUAGUUAGAUUACAUGAAACCUAUGAAACCCAAAAUUCAAUCUAUUUUAUAUUGGAUAUAUUAAAAGGAGGUGAAUUAUUAGCGAGAGUCAAAUAAUAACCAUUGAGCGCUCCAAGUUUGUAAAAGUUAAUGUACAAUUUGAUGAAAGCGCUUUGUCAUUUGCAUUCAAAAAAAUGCAUGCAUAGAGACUUAAAACCAGAAAAUUUAUUAUUAAAAGAGAAAGAUAAUGACACAGAUAUUGUUAUAGCUGAUUUUGGAUUAGCUUGUUUCCUAAAUGAGGACAUCUUAUUUAAAAGAUGUGGAACUCCAGGAUUUGUUGCUCCAGAAAUAUUAUUAUAUAAAGAAGGAGAUCCAUUUUAUGAUGAAAAAUGUGAUGUAUUUAGUGCUGGUGUUAUCUUUUAUGUUUUAUUAACAGGAAGAUAACCAUUUUAAGGAACUGAUUAUAAAGGAAUUCUUAGAGCAAAUAAAAAUUGCGAAAUUAAUUACGAAUUAAAAUAGAUUCUAGCUGCACCAAUAUAAUUAGUAGAUUUAUUGAAGAAAAUGUUGUGCCCUGAUCCAAAAAUUAGAGUUUCCUCUGAAGAAUGCCUUAAACAUCCUUAUUUUAAGGAAAUUUUCAAGGAAUAAGAUCUAAUAGAUGUUUAAGAAAGUCUCAGGGAUUAUGAUAAAGAUUUUGUUUAUUUAUUAGGCAAAUAAUAAGGUCCACCAAGUUAAGUUGGUUCGAUGCAAUUAUAAUAAAGAUAACCUGCUUUGAAUGGUAGAAUUGACACUAUGGGUUCUUUUUCUAAUGUAUCUAAUAAUGGAUCAGUUACAAGAUUAGAUUAGAAACCAUAAUUACAACAUAGUAAAUUUAGUUAAUUCGGACAAGCAAAUAAAUAAUAACCUUAAUCAGAUGCAAACUCACCUGCAAUGAGGAAGAAUUUGUAAUCAGAUUUGCGUAAAACAGCCCUAAAGAAUUCAUUUUAAUAAUAAAUCAAUUAAUUAAGUAAAGAUGAUGACUGUGUAAAUGAUGAAGCUGCUCACUUAGAAGAUGCUAUAUCAAAAUUAAAUUCUUAGACACCAAAAAUGGGAGGAUUAAAAAAAGCAAAUUCAUUUAAAAUACCAAAAUCAUCAAUGGAAUGA